AUUUGUUUACCUUAUAUUUGAUAAUAUUAUUAAAAAUUAAAAUGGAUUUUCGAAGUACUAAGGUGUUUGAUUUUGUUUCAGCAUCGCGAAAUAUAACCGUUAAUAUCAAUAAACACAAAGCCCUUCAAAUAAGAUGGCAAAGAGAUAAUCAAUGGUUAUGUAGAAAAUAUAGAGAACUGGAAACAAAGCUAAAUGAAAUACGUAACGACCGACAAGCAAUUGAAAAAAGUAGUAAAAUUGAAAUUGAUAAAAGAACAUGCCAUCCAUUUCCUGAAACUUUCAAUCGGACUUAUGGAUGGCUUUCUCAAAAAUCUGAAUUUCAAUUGGAAAAUUAUGGUAACAUGAUGAUUAAACAUCCCAAUCCUAUGGAUAAAAUUGUUUUUCUUGGUGGAGAUAUUCCAACCUUAGGAAAUGGGAAAGGAUUUUUCUAA